UGAAAUCACUGAAAGUGAAUCACCGAAAAUAAAAGUUGCUUUACAACCGCGUGAGCAGCUUUUAUUAGUGUUAAUGAAAUUACGACUUGGGCUGCUAAAUGAAGAUUUAGCCUGCUGCUUUCAUAUACGGGUUGGAACUGUUAGUACAGUUUUUCACUUAUGGAUAGACGUUUUGUCUGUCAAUUUGAGGAAAUUGAUUAUAUGGCCACCAGGAAAGAUCUGCUUGAAGAAUUUGCCCCAGUCCUUCAAAGAUGUUUCUCUUGAAAAUGUGAGGUGCAUUAUUGACUGUAGUGAAAUUUCUAUAGAGAAACCUCAUAAUUUUACAGCAAGAGCACAAACAUAUUCCUACUAUAAGCAUCAUAAUAUUUUGAAAUUUCUAGUGGGUUUAACUCCAUCUGGAAUAAUUUGUUUUAUUUCUAGAGCAUGGGGUGGAAGAGUGUCAGAUAGACACUUAACCCUAAGCAGUGGGUUUUUGG